CACAGACCUCACACUCGACUCUCCACUAGUUGUACCCUCUAUAAUCAAGCCACCAUGCCAGACGGUCUAUCCUCUGCUAUGACUAUAAAGCGAAUACAUCGCGAGAUCAAUGACCUGAAGAAGGAGGACAUGGGCGGGAUAACGCUCGCACCGACGGACAACCUCUUCCUAUGGAGGGCAGGAAUACCGGGGCCUGAAGGGAGUGUCUACGAGGGCGGCGUAUUCAAUGCGGAGAUUCAGUUGGCGCCUGAUUAUCCAUUUAUGGCGCCGAAGGUUACAUUCCUGACAAGAAUCUAUCAUAUGAAUAUAUCGGACCGAGGCAACGUCUGCAUAGAUAUCUUGAAACACAAUUGGUCCCCCGCACUCUCCAUAUUUAAGGUCGUAUUAUCCCUGUCGUCCCUCCUGACCGAUCCCAAUCCUAGAGACCCAUUAGUUCCUUCAAUAGCGAACGAAUAUACUCGGAACCGAGAACAGCACAACAGAACGGCGCGUGAAUGGACGAGACUGUAUGCCCGCCCUCCCGCACCGUCACCCACGCUGAAAGCCACCCCUGGCCUUGCUUCACGAGCGUCCACAUCGACUCCCAGGCCGUCAGCGUCAACAUCCAGUUCCCGGGCGAGCUCGACCAGCCGAGCCACCGGCAAAGCCAAAGCGUCGAGGACGGCGACGCCCCUGGUCGAGAAUGGUACGGGGCGCUCAGCGUCGGCUGCCAUCGCGAUAGAUGAUUCGGACGACGAAGGGUCUACAGCUUCAGGCGCGUCGCGGAAGCGAAAGCGGGGCGCGGGAGGCGGCACAUUGAUCUCGGAUGACGACGAUGCCGAUUCGUCAGGGGAUACGACUGGUACUGCUGCUCCCAAGCGCCAGAAGGUGGCUCAUGGAGAGGGGAAGAGGCCAACACAACCACGACCGGACGAGGUCAUUGUGAUCGACGAUUGACGAUGCAGUAUUUUCAGGAUGAUUGUUCAUAGUCACUCGGUCUAAUUGGGAUGAUUGUAUUUGACAACUGUGCUGGAACCCU